UCUUCCUCGUUUUGUCAGCUGUCCGGAAGUGACGAAUAGACCGGAACUGGGGUAUCCCUCGUGUAGUCUGCGGUGCUGCACAGGAGAAGACAUGUCUGCUGCGCUGCUGAGGAAGGGGCUGGAGCUGCUGGGCUCUGAUACUGGCGGUGUAAAGAAAAGACCCAAACGCAACAAUCCCCAGGCUUCCUUAAGUAGUCACAAGACAGGAAUGAAGAAACAGCGGCGGAAACUGAAGCGGCAAGGAACACCCCAAAACCAGAGAGCAUCAGCCAAAGACCGAGUGAUCCGAUCAGCAGUGGAGGAGUAUAAGAAGCAGAUCGCACAGGAUCAUCUUGCACAGAACCUCAAGUACAUGUUUGCAUCACAAGCUGUGACCAAUAAAGUCUCUUGCAGCAAGAUCCUGACUCAGCACUGUGGACGGAAAGCGAAAGACCAAGUCGUGGAAAAGCAGAAGGUGGUGCAAGAGAAGUCUGUGUUUACAGAUCGGGACUUCCAAAAGUUUCAGAAGGAAUAUUUUGGAACAAGAUAGCAGGAGAGGAGGAGACACUGGUAUAUUGGCUUAUUACCUGCUGCUUGGAUUUAUUGUAUUGUAAAAUGGGAUCAGAAAGGACUCAAAACUGCGGCGGAGCGUACUGUGCCAGCCUCUACGGUGACAUAUUGGACUGAAUUGCUCUAUAAACUGCCAUCACUAUAUAAUUUAUGGCUGUGGUCUCCAACCUGCGGACCUCCAGAUGUUGCAGAACUACAACUCCCAGCAUGCCCGGACAGCCAACGGCUGUCCGGGCAUGCUGGGAGUUGUAGUUUUGCAACAUCUGGAGGUCCGCAGGUUGAAGCCCACUGAUCUAUGGUAUAAACUGGGAAAAUCAUGGAAAGAGAUGUACUCAAUGCACUAAAAAGAGCAAAGGGUGGAAGACGAGAGAUGAAGAGGGAUACCUGAUAGCAUAAUAAUGGUUGAGACAAAGAUUGCUCAUGUAUUAAAGGGAUACUACAGUGGGAAUUUUUUUUUUUUCGAAUGAACUGGUGUCAAAAGGUUAAACAGAUUUGUAAAUUACUUAUAUUAAAAAUCUUAAUCCUUCCAGUACUUAUCAGGUGCUGUAUACUACAGAGGAAGUUGAGUUGUUUUUUUUCUGUCUGUCCACAGUGCUCUCUGCUGACACCUCUGUCCACGUCAGGAACUGUCCAGAGCAGAAUCAAAUCCCUAUAGCAAACUUCUCCUGUUUCGGGAAGUUCUUGACAUGGACAGAGGUGUCAGCAGAGAGCAGUGUGGUCAGACAGAAA